UGGCGAAGUGGCAGAAAAUGACAGCAUGAAAUAACAUGUUUACGUAAAUAGUAGUUUGUUUAUUUAUUGGUAAAUAUCGCUAAAGGCAUGAAAUAACACAAGUCCCCCUAAUCAGUAGCAAAACGUCGUGAGGCUGUCGUGUGACCUAGAAGCGUGCGCGCGACAUAACGCGCGCUGUUGUGUGACGUAGUUGAGCGGUGUCCAUAGAAACGUGUUGGGCAGCGUUGACAGCUGCUGCGGUCUUUGCUCAGCUGCCCGCGGAAAGUCUGUUGUGCUGUUUCUGGUGAACCGGUGAACCGGUAGAGGAGCUAAGCGGCUUUAGACGCGACGGGACGGCGGAGCGCCCAGAAUGGCCACUGAAGGAGCGACGGGGCAGGACGACGAGUGGCUGUACGAAGACCAUGAUGACGAUGAUAUUGAUGAUGAUCAUGGCGACGGAGACGGUGAUGCUGAGGAGACGGAGAAUGAGGUUUUCAGUGCACUGGUGGGAGAUCUGGAGGAGGUUGAUGGAGGGUCCAAGCAGGCUCACGGCCUGGGCAGCAAUUCAGACAGUGACGAUGACGUGUACGUUACCAUCGGCGACAUCAAAACAGGCGGGAACCAGAGCGCCACUCCUGUCGGCCUUGACAUGAAGACCUCGGCCAGAACCUCUCUGCCAGGCCUGAAGGAGAGAGGAGGAGUGGAACUGAACACCGAGGGCAGCUACAGCCAUGAUCCACUCCUGGAAAUGGACAUGGAGCUGUUUGAGGAGAAACCCUGGAGGAAACCAGGUGCGGACCUGUCUGACUAUUUUAACUAUGGUUUCAACGAGGACACCUGGAAGGUGUACUGCGACAAACAGAGGAGACUGCGUGCAAACCUAGAGGUCAUGACCUUGGGCUCCUCUAGCAAAAUCAUGGGGAAUCGUGGUGAUCUGUCCUCCAAGUCGGAUUACUUCUCCAGGAGGUCAAAUAGCAACAUCAGUAUUGUUGGAGGACAAACAGGAACCAUCAGUCGUGUGGAAGGACGAAGACGUCACAGUGCAGAUGGAAACAGUACAUCGUGUGCGUGUGUGUGUGUGUAUAAUGUGUGUGUGUGUGUGUGUGUGUGUGAGCAGGUGCAGUCCUCCUCUGAACGCUCUUCAGAUACUGAGCUGCCUCAGUUCUUUCCUCCUCACAUCCCUCCUCCUCCUCUCCACCUUCUCUCCAUCAGCACCACCCCUCCGCUCAUACCUCCACUCCCACGGCUGCCUGUGAAUAUCCCACCACCUGGUUUUCCUCUCCCUCCUGGUGUUCCUUCGCCUCCUUCCAUGAUAAGUACGUUAGAGAGCAGUCGCUCAGGAGGAGCUUACGAUGGCCACGCCUCUCCUCGCUUCCCCUUUCCUGCAGGUGUGUUCCCACCCAUGCUGGGAGGAUUGGCACCCUGGCCAGGCUUGAUUGACAGCGCCAAAGCAUGGGAGCAUUACGCCCGACAAGACAAAGAGCGGGAGAAAGAGAAGGAGAGAGAGAAGGAGAGAGAGCGGUGCCGUGAUCGAGAGAGGGAGGGAGAGCGUGACCGGGAUCGAGAGAGGGAGCAGGACCCAAAAGAACAGGAUCGGGAGGACACACCCUCGUUUCAGGGUCGUGGCAGAGACAGUCGGGAGAGCGAGCGAUACGUGAAGCGUGCUAGUAGGGAAGGUGAGAGAGAUUACAGACACCGGGACAGGAGACACAAGGACCACAGCGACCGGCACAGAGCCUCCAGCAGCAGCCGGAGGAGACGUGCUAGCGAUGACGGCGACAGCCACAGGAGGCCCAGACACAAACGCUCCAAACGCAACAGGAACAGCGCUGAAGCCAGCGAGGAGCGCAGCGCUGAGCACGACAACCAAUCAGAGGCCACUGAGUAACCCUCAGGCCAAUCGGGUGAAACGUCUGUGCUGACCAGUGGCGGGGGGACAGGGGUUGGGUGUUAAAUUAUUUAUUUAAGCUGACGAGCCAACAGCAGCUGGGGAGUGAGCAGUGCUACGCUUACUUGCACUCGAGAGGAGAUGUUUUCUGUUGCCUUUUAAGAGAACUGGAUUAUAGUUUAAAGGUUCUAGACCAAAGAACAUUAACAAAAGGCUACAAGCUACUUUUAAGUUUUACUUAAGUUUUAUUUAUAAUAAUUUAAGACUUUAAGAAUGACACUUUGAUUAUUAAGGUAAAAAAUAUAUAUUUUUUGUUGUGCCAAACAAUUUUGUUUGUGUAGGAAAGCUGUAUUAUAAAUAAUUUGAUAAAGCAAUUGUCUGAGUAUGAUAAUUCCUUUGAUUUAACAGGUACAUACUGACUGACUCAAUUUUGCGUGAUCUCCCUUAUACACACACACACACACUCCCACACCCCCAAAGUAAUGGCUCUCACGCUGCCAUGGGUCUCUUUGUCGAACGAUUUUAUUGAUUAUUUAACCGAAUGUGCCGCCAGGUACAUAAUUCUACACAAGCCAAAGCGAGAAACCGUGGAGCACGUGGCCGAGUCGGGCACACGUGGCACACGUGGCACACGUGGCACACGCGACGCCCCUACACUCCCUUUCUGUGGCCCCUGUCUCUAAAGUAGCAAAGGCUGCCAAAAUCUUGUUUUAAUAAGCAUAAAUAGACUUUUUAAAGAUAGUACGAAUGAUAUUUUAGUCAUCUGCUUUUUUGUAAUAAUACCACCUAUUUCUUUAUUUUUUGUGAUGUCUGAAACAUACCAACACAGAUGAAAACUACUUGGCAAAUAGGUUUCCGUGCCAACAGCUGGCACCGUCGGAAGGAAAGAAGCCAAUCCCAUAGCCAAAAGGUUAGAGGAACAGAGACGAACCCAACGUGAACUAAAGUGUUGCCAUAGUAACAUAGCUUGAAAUCAUCCUUUUUUGUUGUUCGCUUUUUUCUUUUAGACA